UAUUGUAGGUAGCGGUUUGUUGAUAAUGUGAUUUAUUUUAUUUUUUAUUGUGUUUGAAUAAAUUAUUACUGUGACUCAUUACGAUAAUUAAACGAUAGCUAAACAAUAAUUUAAAAACUAAGCAAUUAUCUAACUCAUAAGCUACAAGAUAUCAGCGAUUUGAUGAUUCAUCUACUCCGAGAUUGUGUCACGCGUAUAAGAUAAAUAAAAAACAGUUUAUUGGCUAACACUUAUCUUUUAAAAGUGUAUUUGGAAUUCGAAAAGUAUGUUGCAUUGUGGUUAUUGAUAAUUUUCGUACUUAUCGAUGUGGCAUCUGUUUACUUUAGUUUCAUUACUUUUCUUGCUACAAACAACCAGUACCAGCGAAAACAUGGAUUCCAAGGCUCUUUCAUCUGCUAUUGCCCAAUUUUCCGCCAAAUUCUGUGUUGAAUUGGAGAAGGGCAAGAGUGUAGUGUCGUCACCAUUGUCAGCAGAAUUUGUAUUGGCUCUGCUGACCCUGGGUACGACAGACCCCGCACAUUCCGAGCUACUGACAGCACUGGGAAUACCAGAUGACGCAUCUAUUCGUUCAUCAUUCUCUGAAGUUUCGUCCAAGUUGAGGGCCUUGAAAGGCGUCACUCUUAACGUGGCAAACAGGGUGUACGUUCAGGAAGGUCCUUAUGACUUAGAGCCUAAAUUAAAGGAGGAUGCAGUCAAAGUUUUUAAUGCUGCCAUAGAGAAGCUCGACUUCGGAACUGGUGGAGCUGCCGUCGAAGUUAUUAACGAUUGGGUGGCCAACCAGACCAAUCAGAAGAUUAAAGAUCUGCUUAGCUCAGACAGUGUGGAUGGCGACACUCGUCUAGUUCUCAUUAACGCUCUCUAUUUUAAAGGAACAUGGAAGAAGCAGUUCGAUCCCGCGAAUACAAUGAACCAGCCAUUCCACAUUACCGUGAACUCUUCGGUUGAAGUGCCCAUGAUGUACAAAGAGGACGACUAUUUGUAUGGUGAUAGCAGUGACCUUCAGGCCCAGCUCUUGGAAAUGCCUUACCAAGGCGGAGAGGCGACCAUGCUUGUGGUGUUGCCGCAUGAAGUCGAAGGCCUCGACAGUGUGUUGUCCAAGUUGGCCAGUGGAUUCGACCUCAUGUCCGAAGUGGACAAAAUGUACAAAACUAAAGUACAAGUAACUAUUCCUAAGUUCAAGAUUGAAACUGAAAUUGAUUUGGCUCAGCUGUUGCCCAAGCUUGGAAUUAAAUCGAUCUUCAACCGUGAAAAUUCGGGUCUGACAAAGGUGUUGAAUGUAGAAGAACCUCUGUUUGUAUCGAAAGCGGUGCAAAAGGCAUUCAUUGAAGUGAACGAAGAGGGCGCUGAGGCCGCCGCCGCUACCGCGAUGGCGACGCGCCGCGCGCGCUCGGUGGCGCAGCAGUUCGCGGCCGACCGGGCGGCGCUGUGGCUGGUGUGCGUGGCGCGGCACGUGGCGCUGGCCGGCAGCUACCGGCCGCCGCGCGUCGUCCGCGAUGAACUAUAGUGGUGUGUGUGGCGCAGGCAUGGUGAUCAUGAUGCGGUGCGCGCGACCGCCGGCCGAGCGCUUCCGCGCGGACCGGCCAUUCCUCUACAUGCUCCUCGGCUCCGAUCGCUCCCUGCUCUUCAUGGGCGUCUAUCGCGGCUGAACCCGACGAGUCUCAACACGACAAGUUUAAUCACUAUUUUAUUAAUUUUGCACUAAUAAUUAAGACUGUAGUCAUCUAUAAUCGAAUAAGAGUACCGCUGAUAUCUUUGUCUAAUCGCUGGACAACAUUUUAUAUUGUGUUUAACGUUCAGAUACAAGCUGGCACAUCGGGUAUAUUACUCGCAAACGCCUACAUAAAAAUACACGGUGUUUUAUUUGAUAAAAGAUUUUUUACUUCUAAACCUCGCUACAAAUUAAUUGUGCCUUCGCUAAUUACUUACUUACUUAUUUAGUAACUUAUUUGGUGCCCGAAUAAUUAACACCGUGUAAUAUGGUACAAAAUACCUCAAAGUAUUUUUUUUAUUAAAUUGUUACCAUACUUUAAAGGUUUUAUUAAAAUUUUAAUAUUUUAAA